CCCCCUGAGGGGACACGGUGCCGCCCUCACCCGCCCACACAAUGGCGGCGGGCCGGCUUUUUCCGCCGGGCACGGCUGCUUCCUCCCCGUUCCUCGGUACGCCCGGUUCCUGAGCCUACGCAGCCCGGGGAAACGGACAGCCCAGUGUGGUGUCCCGCGAUGGACCUGGGUAGGCUGGAGUACCUGCAGGCGCUUGUCACCGAGUUCCAGGUGACGGACAGCACAGAGGCCAAGGAGCAGGUGCUGGCGAACCUGGCCAACUUCGCUUACGAUCCCGGUAACUACGAGUAUCUCCGUCAGCUCCAGGUGCUGGACCUGUUCCUCGAUAUGCUCACCGAGGACAACGAGACCCUGGUGGAGUUUGCCAUGGGUGGUCUUUGCAACCUGUGCUUGGAUAAAACAAACAAAGAGUACAUCCUGGAGGCCAACGGGGUGGAGCCCAUCAUCAACUGCCUGUCCAGCUCCAACGAGGAGACCGUGGUGUCGGCCGUGAGCACGCUGAUGUUCCUGACGACGCCGCGGUCGCGCGCGCAGACCACGGCGCUGCCCGUGGUGGAGUGCAUGCUCCGCUUCUCGCUCUCAGCCAACAGGCGCCUCAGUAACCUGGCGUCCAUCUUCCUGCAGGAUUACUGCACUGCUCCGCAGGUGGAGGAGGCCAGGAACCUCAGCAAGCACACGGCAGUGGGGAUUCCUCUGCCCAAGGACUGAGCAGGGCUGUGCAGGGGGGAACCUCCUGCUGUUCUCGCUUGCUGCUCAGCAGAAAGAGCAGCAUUAAAGAGAGGAGUUGGUCCCACCAGUGCUGGUGUUUAGUUAACAAAUAGGAGGAAACAGCAUUAAUGUGGCAGCUGGGCCAACAGCUAAGCCUGCAAAUAUUUAAAAUAAAGCAGGUCCUGGCUGCGUGUUGGAAAGUACUUUGCCAAGUGCAGCUCAACACCCAGCUUGCACAAAUAACCCUUCCCAGCAAUGAGGGGUGUUCUGCUUGGGUUAUUGGGCAGAAUUAUAUCCAUUUCAGUUCCUGGCUAGUUGUGCUGCCCCCUUCCCAUUCAGUGCCUGUGACAAGUGAUGCUAUGUGUCGAGUCACUGAAAUGUCACAGAAAUUUAUUCUUCCUUCAGAGAAAGGAGUUUCCCUGCCCUGGCAGUUCACAAUCUCUCCUUCCCUGUGGCACUAAUUAUGCCAUCCUCUAAUCAUGGCAGAGGCAGACAGCUAGGAAUCACUGGAUAGGGCAGGCUGUAGCUACCCUGUAAAUGAAGUAAGUUUGUCUUUCAUUACCAUUGGUGAGAAAGGUGAAGUGGACAAAAAGAAAAGGGGCUCAGGGCAGUCUGACUCAUGAGAACAGCUGUCUUGUAAAAGCUUCUGUUAAUAAAACAUUAACUUAAAUGCUGAGUAAUCAGUUCCAU